AUGGACAUGCUUUUCCCGGGCUGCAUCCUGCUGAAGAAAGUCAAGUUUAACUCCAAACUGGAGCAUGAAUAUAUCCACAACUAUAAAGUCUUACAGGCCGCCUUCAAACGGAUGAACGUGGACAAGAUCAUCCCAGUGGAGCGACUCGUGAAGGGGAAAUUCCAAGACAACUUUGAGUUUCUUCAGUGGUUUAAGAGGUUUUUUGACGCUAACUAUGACGGGAAAGAGUACGACCCAGUUCUGUCUCGCCAGGGCAUGGAGGCGUCGCCGGUGCCCAACCCAGGUACACAACGACCAAAGGAUUAA